UGGGUUUUUCUGGGUGGGGGAGGGUCCAGGGGGGCUCCCAAAAAACCCCAAAAAUCCCCAAAACCCCCAAAAUUUCCAAAUUUCCCCCAGGACGAGAAGAACGAGGAGAUGACGACCAAAGUUUACCUGAACCUGAGCUGGGUGGACCCCCGGCUCCGCUGGGACCCCCGGGAGCACGGCGGGGCGGCGGCGCUGCGGCUGCCGGCCGAGCACAUCUGGCUGCCAGAUGUGGGCCUGGACAACAACAACGACGGCGAGUUCGGGGUGUCCCUGGGGGUCCCGGCCCUGCUCAGCCCCGACGGCGCCGUCACCUGGAGACCCCCGGCGCUCUUCCGCAGCCGCUGCCCCAUCCGGGUGUCGCAUUUCCCCUUCGACUGGCAGAACUGCUCGCUGAAUUUCCGCUCGGGCUCCUACGGCCCGGCCGAGCUGCGGCUGCGCCCGGGGGGCCCGGGGGGGCCCUGGGGGCCGCAGGUGGCGCUGCCCGGAGACUUCCAGGAGAACGGGCAGUGGUCGCUGGUUCACCGCUCGGGGGGCACCUGGGGCCCCCCGGGCUCACCUGUGGGCGUCUCCUUCCACCUGGUGCUGCGGCGGAAGCCGCUCUUCUACCUGGCCACGGUGCUGGUGCCCUGCGUGCUGACCACGCUGCUGGCCGUGGGCGUCUUCCACCUGCCCCCCGACGCAGGUGAGAAGAUGUCGCUGUCCCUGUUCGCCCUGCUCACCCUGACCGUGUUCCUGCUGCUGCUGGCCGACAAGGUGCCGGCCACCUCCCUGCAGGUGCCGCUGAUCGGGCGAUACCUGACGGGCACCUUGGUGCUGCUCACCUUGGUGGUGGCGCUGAGCGUGGGCGUGCUCAACCUGCACCACCGCUCACCUGGCACGCACGGCAUGCCCGCCUGGGCGCGGCAGGUGUUCCUGCAGCGCCUGCCCCCCCUGCUGGGCCUGCGCCCCUCCCCCUCCCCCGCCCCUUUUAGCCCCUCCCCCGCCUUAGCCCCGCCCCCCCGCGCCUCUGACGCCUAUUUCCUGCGCCGCCCCUCCCUCCCCGGCCCCGCCCCCCUUGGCCCCGCCCCCCGCUCGGGAUUGGCCCCGGAGCUGCGCCCGGCAGCGGCCGCGGCCGCCGUCAUCGCCCGGAGCCUGCGCGAGAGGGAGCGGAGGAGGCAGGCGCAGGACGAGUGGCGGGCGCUGGCCAUGGCCGUGGACAGGCUCUGCCUGUGGGCGCUGCUGGCGCUGACCGGGGGCUGCGCGCUGGGCACGGGGCUGGACGCGGCGCUGCACCGGCCCCCCGACAGCCCCUUCCCCUGAGACCCCAAAUCCCCCCAAAAUGCCCCAAAAUAGCCUCAAAAAAUUAAAAAAAAAUCCCCAAAAAUACUCCCAAAAAUACCUGAAAAUAUCCCAGAAAAAUCCUGAAAAUAUCCCAGAAAAAUCCUGAAAAUAUCCCCAAAAAUUAAAAAAAAAAAAAUCCCCAAAAAUACUCCCAAAAAUCCUAAAAAUAUCCCCCAAAAAUUAAAAAAAAAAAAAUCCCCAGAAAUACUCCCCAAAAAUCCUAAAAAUAUCCCAGAAAAAUCCUAAAAAUAUCCCAGAAAAAUCCUGAAAACAUCCCCAAAAAUUAAAAAAAAAAAUCCCCAAAAUAUUCCCAAAAAUCCUAAAAAUAUCCCCCAAAAAUUAAAAAAAAAAAAAUCCCCAAAAAUACCCCCAAAAAUCCUAAAAAUAUCCCAGAAAAAUCCCGAAAAUAUCCCAGAAAAAUCCUGAAAAUAUCCCCAAAAAUUUUUUUAAAAAGUCCCAAAAAUACUCCCCAAAAAUCCUAAAAAUAUCCCAGAAAAAUUCUGUAAAGAUCCCCAAAAAAUUAAAAAAAAAUCCCAAAAAUACUCCCAAAAAUUCUAAAAAUAUCCCAGAAAAAUUCUGUAAAGAUCCCCAAAAAAUUUUUAAAAAAUCCCCCAAAAUCCUAAAAAUAUCCCAGAAAUAUCCUGAAAAUAUCCCCCAGAUAUUUAAAAAAAUAUCCCCAAAAAUACCUCCCAAAAAUCCUAAAAAUAUCCCAGAAAUAUCCUGAAAAUAUCCCCAAAAAAUUUAAAAAAUAUAUCCCCAAAUAUACCUCCUAAAAAUAUCCCUAAAAAAUCCUGAAAAUACCCCCAAAAAAUUUAAAAAAUUCCCAAAAAUAUUCCCAAAAAAUCCUAAAAAUAUCCCAGAAAUAACCCCAAAAACAUCCUGAGAAUUAUCCCUAAAAUAUCACAAAUUAUCCCCAAAAUAUCCUAAAAAUAUCUCCAAAAUAUCGCUAAAAUUACCCCAAAAAAUAUCCCCAAAAUUAUCCCCAAAACAUCCCGAAAAUAUCCCCCAGAAUAUCCCAAAAAUAUCCUGAAAACGCCCCAAAAAUAUCCCAAAAAUAAUCUCAAAAUGAGCCCCAAAGUAUCCCAAAAAUGGCCCCAAAAUAUCCCGAAAUUAGCCCCAAAAAAAUUUAAAAAUCACCCCAAAAGUAUCCCAGAUUUGGGGCUGCACCGGCCCCCCGACAGCCCCUUCCCCUGACCCAAAAUCCCCCGAAAUAACCCCAAAAUAUCCUGAAAAUAUCCCAAAAAACCCCCCAAAAUAUCCAAAAACCCCCAAAAUAUCCCAAAAAUAUCCCCAAAAAAUCCCCAAAAAAUCCCAAAAAUUUAUCCCCAGCUCCCCCCAAGGCCCAGCCCCGAUUUCCAGCCAGUUCCGCCCCCAAAUCGCCCAAAAUUCCCCCAAAAUUUUUUGGAUUCCCCCCAAAAAAUCCCAAAUAAAUCCUGAACUCCUA